AUGACAACAAUGCCAUUGUCGAAUUCAAUAAUCGGUAAUGUUGACACCAAAGACGAUGGCAGUAUAUCAGCUAGUUUUCGCAGUGUAUAUUUAAAUUUAUUCGGCAUUAAUGGAAUAGUUGGACGCUCGAUAGUUAUUCAUGAGAAGCCCAUCGACCUAAAUACGGCACUAAAUGCCGAAGUGUUUUCCAGUUCACUCCAAGCAAUGCCAGAUGCCUUGGCUUAUCAGAAUGAGGAAAACUCUGUGGGUCCGGCCAUUGCUUGCGGCAUUAUCAGUAUUACCAGUACAAUGGCACCGACGACGACACCUUCUAUGGCUCCGCAGAUAUAAGUAAAAUGUCCACAUAUUACAACCAUAAGCAAGAACGAUAGAAUACAAGAUUGCGCCAAUCGAGAUGAUAACAACUGGGUGUGACGUCACAUUAUUAGCUCUGAUCCAAUACUUUUUGCGUAAAAUCCUGUAAAAAUGUCAAACAGCAAAAUUACUCUCUGAAGUGAGAGUAAAAAGUGAGUAACAACAAAAAGCAUUUUUCCUGUAAAAACGUCAACCAGUGAUCGUUUGACAAUUUUCAAGAUUUUACCGGAAGAAAAAGUUCGGGUAAAAUCUUGCAACUUCAUUCGCUACACAACUCUCCAAAAAUCGCUCUCAUUUACAGGAUUUUGGAGGAAUUUGGAGUAUGGGAUCAUUAUUCCUGUGACUUCCUGCAAAUUCGUGUAAAAACCUGUAAGUUCAUGGAGUACU